CUGGAUGAUGAGAUACAGUAACAAAUCACCAAAACAAGAAAGAAAUUCACGCCAAGAUACUAAGAACAGAUGGAUCAAAAUGGCAUCAGCAUGCGGCCCAGGUAAAAGUUCAUGGCCUGAGUUAGUUGGAUACAAUGGGGAGAGUGCAGCAAGAAUAAUCGAAAGACAGAAUCGCAACGUGAAUGCCAUUGUAUUGCUAGAUGGAACCCCAACAACCAAGGACUUCAGGUGCGACAGGGUUUGGGUCUGGGUCGAUGCAGCCAGGAAGGUUAUCCGAACACCUAAAAUUACCUAGAAAUAGGUAGUACUAUAUGCUCGAUAAAUUCAUGUAUGAGGACCUGUAAUAAGAAGUUGUCACUACUGAUCACUUGUAUCAUCCAUGGCUACUAUAAAAUUAUUAAAUAAAAGGGUGA